AGAUUCCUCUUCUUUUUUAAAAACUACAAAUAGCAGUGAAUGCAUAAAGCAUCCUAUACCUGUGAUGCUCUGGACGGUUCUGGCAGUCAUAUGUUGUCUCCUGGGUUUUCCAGCCUCUAUGUUGGUGCUACGGGAACUUCGACGGAGACAAAGACCGAGUGACUUUUUUACGUUCAACCUGACAACCAGUGACACCGUUUUCAUAGUUCUGAUCCCCUUCAGUGUCCUAAAUACUAAUCUGUGGCAAACUAAAGUGAUUCUCUGGACUGACAACUUCAUGGAUGGUCUUUCUUUAUUUAGUAGGCCUCUUUUCAUGUCUUGUAUUUGUACAGAGUGUUAUUUUGCUGUCGUUCACCCAAUAAUGUACAUGACCAAUAGGAAAGUCCAUACAAUCAGAAAAGUUAUAUCUGUAUUAAUCUGGUUAAGCACAAUCUGUUUUAGUUUACUCAAAUGUUUUGCAUCUGAUACACUCGCUCUUGUUUUUAAUGCCACUCCUUUGUUCAUAGCCUUACCGGUCAUCACUUUCUGUGAUAUUUCAGUACUUCAAGCUCUGAAAAAAACAGAUCCAUCAGGAAACACCAAUAUACAUCCUCAGAAGAAGCAAGCCCUUUACACAAUAAUUAACAGCUUUAUCAUGACAGUCUUUGUCUACCUACCACCAGUGGCAAGUUUUUCACUUGCAAGCCUAAUUCCUAAUGCACUCAAAUGUGUCGCUGAACCUUCUGCAUUUUGCUUCUCCCUGACUGGAUGCUUUAUUAUGCCUAUUUUAUAUUUAGACAGUGUGGGCAAAUUAAACAGUUUAAAGGAAUUGUGGAGAAAAUAUAUUUAAACUGGAAGAGGUCCUUACAUAUCAACAAAGAAAACAAAUUAAACAAAUGAUGGGAUAGUGUAAUAACAUGAUGUAUAUGAUAUGUAUAUGGUGUCUGUGUGUGUUUGUGUAAUAUGAAUUCAGAUUUGCAUAGCUGCCUAGUGAUGUGUUUUACAUGCAUAUUUGUCUAUUUCAUGGUUAAAUAUACAUGUACAGACGUUUGCAUACCUUAAUUUGUACUGGCAGGCCUCCUAUGUGUUUAUUUGUUUCACAUUAACAAUUUCAAUAAAACUAGCAA